AUGGCUAUCUCCGAUCUUCUUCCCGGCGUCGAAGCGACUGUCCUUGUCGACGGCGUGCCACUUGUAGAGUAUGAAAACAACGACAUAAAGAAUGAAGCCGACGAACCGGAGGUGAAGAAACUGCUCGCUUCGAAGACUAUUUCUAAGUAUAUUGAGGCAGUGAAUGACAAAAAUUUCUCUGUUAACAUCACCGUGGAUGAGGGUCACAAAUCACACUAUGCCAGUAACACCUACUGCUUGAUCAUGAGGAUAUACAUUGACGGAUGUUACGUAAAGGGUUGUAAUUCUAGCUUGUUUAAAACAGGCCUAUGGAAAGUCCGUACGAAUGGCCUAUACAGUGGCGAGAACGGUCAGGAGUUCUUCAAAGCUUUCACGUUCUCUAAGUUGACAAUAUCCGAGGACGAAAUGGCCUUGAGCAAGGCUCUAGAUGAUGCCCAACUUGUCAAAGGGCUUGGUGAAAUCAUCGUCUCUUUCCAUCGUGGAAAGAUAACAGGAUCACAUAUAACAGUCGGAGGGCCCAGCCCUAAGUCGACUGAUAUGAACACGGCGACGGGAGAAGAGCUUCAUGUGAAAGCAGUCACUAUUGGACAAGAAUUCCAGUCCCAUGGUACUACACUGGCGCCUCCCCAACCUUGUAGUGUUUCUCUUGGGGGCACGAAGUAUAACACAGCCACAUACAUUGGUGGAUUGGAUCAGAGCUGCAUUGGCCGUUUCAGUUUCAAAUAUCGAUCCAGAGAAAUACUCAAAUCAUUCCUCAUCGUAGACAGAACUCCGGAAGGGACACCCGAUCCAAUCGAUUUUCAAACCAUGUCAUCCAGGCCCUCUUCAACGCCCAUUGCCACUUCAACUCCACCCACCACCCCAGAACUCUCAAUUAUUGGCCCCCGCACCGUUCCCAAAAGUCACACUUCCCACCCAAAAAUAGAACCUGGGGAUCACCCAUCAGCUCCCACUACACCCCCCAACACUAGAACCUACGCCCUCCGUCAAAAAAACAUAGCCAAGCGCGAAGCCGAGGAUCACAAAGAUGAAACCUUGUCUCCGCAGAAAAGAGCUCGGGCUAGAAAGGAUAAAGUUAAGGUUGAAGUAGUCUGA